GUGGAGGAUCACGGCCACGUUCCCCCAGGCGCCCAAAUGGCAGCAGCCGUGGUCAACAAAGCCGUCAUAGUAAACGUGAGAACGACCGCCCACGAUCACCUUCGCGAUCACCCUUGCCACCCCCCUCACGGUCGACAGAGGGGGUCCGAAGAAGAGGAGGAUCACGGUCACGUCCCCCGAGGCGCCGAAAUGGCAGCAGCCGUGGUGAACAAAGCCGUCAUAGUUAAAGUGAGAGCGACCGCCCACGAUCACCUUCGCGAUCACUCUUGCAACCCCCCUCACGGUCGAAAGAGGGGGUCCGAAGAAGAGGAGGAUCACGGUCACGUCCCCCGAGGCGCCGAAAUGGCAGCAGCUGCGGUGAACAAAGCCGUCAUAGUCAACGUGAGAGCGACCGCCCACGAUCACCUUCGCGAUCACCCUUGCAACCCCCCUCACGGUCGAAAGAGGGGGUCCGAAGAAGAGGAGGAUCACGGUCACGUCCCCCGAGGCGCCGAAAUGGCAGCAGCUGCGGUGAACAAAGCCGUCAUAGUCAACGUGAGAGCGACCGCCCACGAUCACCUUCGCGAUCACCCUUGCAACCCCCCUCACGGUCGACAGAGGGAACAAGAGGGGGAUCACGGUCAAGCUCGUCUUUCCUCCACGGAUACCAUCUUCCCCUCAGUCACGUUCUGCAGCGUUUGCCAUCCCUGCUGCUGAGCAGAGUGAUAAAGAAGAAGAGCUGGCAAUACAUGUACAGAGCCGCUCAAGAAGCUAG